CCCGGCUCCAGCCGGCGCAGGCGACAGUGGCGGUAGCGGAGAGCCUUGGGCGGCCCGGCGGGGCGAGGCCAUGAAGGUGAAGAAGGGCGCCAGCGGGGCCAGGACAGGGGCGGAGCCCUCUCCUGGGGCUUCAGGCCUGAGCGUAGAACACUCGCCGGGUCUGCAAGCUGAAUCAGAAUCAGAGUCUGAGUCGGAGCCGGAGCCAGGCUUGGGGCCCAGGCCGGGGCCGCUGCAGGGAAAGCAGCCCAUAGGGCCGGAGGAUGUGCUGGGGCUGCAGCGGAUUACGGGCGACUACUUGUGCUCCCCUGAAGAGAAUAUCUACAAGAUCGACUUCGUCAGGUUCAAGAUCCGGGACAUGGACUCAGGCACUGUCCUCUUUGAAAUCAAGAAGCCCCCUGCCUCCGAACGGUUGCCCAUCAACCGGCGGGACCUGGACCCCAAUGCUGGGCGCUUUGUCCGCUACCAGUUCACGCCUGCCUUCCUCCGCCUGAGGCAGGUGGGAGCCACGGUGGAGUUCACUGUGGGAGACAAGCCCGUGAACAACUUCCGCAUGAUCGAGAGGCACUACUUCCGAAACCAGUUGCUCAAAAGCUUUGACUUCCACUUUGGCUUCUGCAUUCCAAGCAGCAAGAACACCUGCGAGCACAUCUACGACUUUCCCCCUCUGUCUGAGGAGCUGAUCAGCGAGAUGAUCCGUCACCCUUAUGAGACACAGUCUGACAGCUUCUACUUCGUGGAUGACCGGCUGGUGAUGCACAAUAAAGCAGACUAUUCCUACAGUGGGACACCCUGACCCCCAGAACUGCUCCCCACCCCAGGAGGCCUGGGCCCUCAGCUGUGACCUCUCCAAACUCAUCUCUCAACUCCAGGUCUUCUGCUUGGGGUGUGCUCCAGGAGCCCUGGACCCUGAAUCAGUGUUGGGAAGAAGAUGCCGCGUGUCCCCAGGCCAAGCCUUAACACCCCUGGGGCCUGGUGCAUGGGUCGAGGUGGUAGGAGCUGUUUGCCUCAGUGUCCUUUUAGGCCUCCUGUAAGAGGAUCAGCCAGGACUUCCAGACAGCCUAGCUCGGCCCUUUUGGGCCCAAGUUUCACAAUACUGUUUCCGGCUCCAGGCUGUGACUAGGUCAGGACAAGGAUCUAUUCUUUGUCCCCUGUCAGCCGUAUCCAGGGCAUUUAGAGUUAUAAGUUCUCAGACAAAGGUCUGCAGGGGUAUGGGUCUCAGCUUCCCGACUCUCAUCAGGGGCUAAGAUACUGCCUGAGAUGGGGGGACCAGCCCAGAUUGCAGCCUGUGCUGGGAACUAGACCAACUGUAUAUAGUUUUCAAUAAACUCCUUUUCUGUU